AAACAAACAAGGUUUCUGUCAAAUCUAGGAUAACGUAACCCUCAUCAUCAUCACUCAAUCUCCUCUGCAGGAGAGGGUGGACCCAACCCCAUCAAGGCUUGUCUUUUCAAGAACUCCAGUUACGUUAGGGUUUUAGGGUUAUAUAGCAAUCAGCUUAAUGGAGAAGGAAGAUAAUUACACGGCUUCAUUGGCACCAAGUUUUCCAGGUUUAGACUAUUCUUCGCCGCAUGUUGGUCAAACUACGACGUCUUGUGGGAAUACCAAUCAGGUGGUUGAUUACAUGGUCAACGCUCAUCCCACGGCGCCGGCGCCGCCGCAGCAGCCACCGCUCGUUCCCGGCUUUUGCGGCGGCUCGACGUCGCUGGACAAGCUGAGCUUCGCCGACGUCAUGCAGUUCGCGGAUUUCGGGCCGAAAUUGGGCCUUAACGAGGCCAAUAAGGUUUCCGAGGAGGAGACCGGGUUGGACCCGGUUUAUUUCCUGAAGUUUCCGGUUUUGAAUGAGAAGGUGCAGGGAGAUGAUGGGGAGUUUAAUGAGCAAGAGGUUGGGAAAGAAGGCGGUGGGAGUAAAGAGGACGGCGCCGGCGCCGGCGCCGUGCAGCUGAGAUUUCUUGAUGAGAAUGUUGAGAAAUACGCGCCGGCGGCCGCGGGGGCGGAGGGGAAUAAAGGGAAGAGAAAGCGGCCGAGAGUGAAGACGAACGAGGAGGUUGAGAGCCAAAGAAUGACGCACAUCGCCGUCGAGAGGAACCGCCGGAAGCAAAUGAAUGAGCAUCUUCGUGUCCUGAGAUCUCUCAUGCCCGGCUCCUAUGUCCAAAGGGGAGAUCAAGCGUCGAUAAUAGGCGGAGCAAUAGAGUUCGUGAGGGAACUAGAGCAACUCCUGCAAUGCCUGGAAUCCCAGAAGAGAAGGAGGCUCUACGGCGACGCUCCACCGGCGCGGCCGAUGGCGGCCGGAGAUUCAUCAACAUCACCACUACCACCACUCCAGCAACAGCCACCGUUUUUCCCCGCGCCGAACGAGUACGAGGCGGCCGGAAUAUGCGAGGAGACGACGGCGGGGAGCAAAUCGUGCCUGGCGGAUGUGGAAGUGAAGCUUUUAGGGUUUGAUGGGAUGAUAAAGAUCCUGUCAAGGAGAAGGCCCAGCCAGCUCAUCAAAGUCAUUGCUGCACUUGAAGAUUUGCAGCUUAGCAUUCUUCACACCAAUAUUACUACAAUUGAGCAAACCGUUCUCUAUUCCUUCAAUGUCAAGAUUUCAAGUGAAACGAGGUACACAGCUGAAGAUUUAGCUAAUUCGGUCCAGCAAAUUUUCAGUUUCAUUAAUUCAAACAGCAUAUGAUAUGAAUAUAUGAUAUAUGUAAUUCCCUUCUAGCUAGCCAGAAUUAUAUUACACAAGUAAUUAAUCACUAUAUCACUUUUGUAUCUUUAAUUUUGUUCACAAUUUAAUUUGUCACACUAUAUAUUCGUGUUAUGUGUGUUGGUAAUA